CUGAGUCUAUUUAAAGAGAAGUCGCCCCGGAUCCUGCAGCCGUGUGACUCCCGGCAUUGCGCAUCGCACUCAGCUGCGCCAAAACCUGCCUGCCUGUGCACCACCACGGCUCGCGACGGCGGUGAGGAUGCGGACUUCUCUGGUCGUGUGCUGCUGCGUCCUUGCGCUGCAAUGCCUCCCGAGCACGCUUUGUCUUCCAGUGCGGGGAUCCAGCAGGUACAAAGUGGCACCGGUCUCUGAAAAGUUCCCCGACGUGAAGAAGAAGGGAAAGGUUCCUCAUGCUCAGGAUUUAGUAAAGGAGACGAGUUUUCCGACCAACACCUCCAACAUGUGGAACCGGCCUCGCUGUGGUGUACCGGACUACACCGUCCAGAAGAAGGUGCAUUAUCGGGGAAGACACCGCCAGAGACGCUUCGUCCUGUACGGAGGACGUUUGGAGAAGACAGACCUCACCUACAGGAUCGUCAGGUUUCCCAGGCAGAUGGGGGAAGAAAAGGUUCGACGUGUCUUUCGGGAAGCGCUGAAAAUCUGGAGUGAUGUCACCCCGCUCACCUUCACCGAGAUCCACAGUGGAAGGGCCGACAUCCACAUCGAGUUCACAAGGUACUGGCAUGAUGACAACCUUCCCUUCGACGGCCCGGGUGGGAUUCUGGCUCACGCCUUCUUCCCCAAAACACACCGACAGGGCGACAUUCACUUUGACGACGAUGAGUCAUGGACCCUCGGAAACCACAUGGGCACAGACCUUCUCCAGGUUGCUGUCCAUGAGUUCGGGCACGUUCUGGGCCUGCAGCACUCCCGUGAGGCAGGAGCCAUCAUGUCCGCAUACUACUCCUUCUCCUACCCGCUGAAGCUGAGUGAGGAUGACAAGCAAGGCAUCCAGUACCUGUACGGAGCUCACCCACCAGUCCUGCCCUCACCGCCACCCCCACCCCCGCCUCCAGUUCCAUCUAACCCAGAGACCAAUGAGAUCGUCACUAAUCCCGACGCCUGCCAGACGGACUUUGAAGCUGUGUCUAUGAUCCGAGGGGAGCUGUUCUUCUUUAAGUCGGGCUAUGUUUGGCGAAUCAGGGACGGGCAUCUGGAGAGCGGUUACCCAGCGCUGGCGUCCCGUCACUGGAGGGGGAUUCCCGACAGCAUCGAUGCCGCCUUUGAAGACAAGUCAGGGAAUAUUUGGUUCUUUCAAGGUGAGAACUACUGGGUGUUCGAUGCUGAGAGGAAGAUCAGAGGGCCGGAGUCCAUCAGGAGUUUGGGUCUGUCAGAGUCCGGGUUCCAGGCGGCUCUGCGCUGGGGCCACGACUCCAACUACAACACUUACUUCUUCAAGUCAGGCAGCUACUGGAGGUUCAGCCCCCGCGAGAACCGCGUUGAGUCCGCCUACCCGCGCAGCAUGCAGGACUGGAGCGGCAUCCCAGACGAUGUAGACGCUGCUUUCAGGGACAUCUACGGCUAUGCUCACUUUAUCCGAGGACGACAGUACUGGAAAUUCGAUCCGGUUGGCAUGAACUCUUUGGAGGGCUACCCUCGCUACAUCGGCAUGGAUUUUUUCGGCUGUAGAAAUGUGUGAGUCUUUAACCUGCGGAGAAUCUGAUUAGGUUUUUUUUUUUCUUUUUUUUUUGACAAUGAAGAGGAGAGAAAACAGAUAAGUUUAUGUUCAAACGGAUGAGACGGUCUCCUUUAAUUCUGUUUAUACUUUACUCCAUUUAUUGAUGAUUGAUAUUGAUAUUGAUACACCUUCUUCUCAGGAAAAAACAAGGUUUGUUUCCUCAGACUUGGCACCUCCUGUGCAGCUAUACUCAUAUUUAUUUUGCACAUUUGUCAUCAUACAGCUGAGAUCUGGGCCCUGUAUUAAUGAUGUGUGAUACUGAUGUGAACUGCAUUGUUCUUACUUCCUGUUUUUGAGCCUGAAAUCUAGAUUUUUGACUGAUUUUGGUUCCCAGACGGAACCAGUACAGACAGACUCCUUGUAGUGGAUGUUUUCCAUUUUUUAAUGGAUGGACUUGCUGAUCCUCAAGUGUUCGAAGAGUGACAUCAAACUUAUAGCUGCGGAAGGUAGAUUUGUUUGUUAGCUGCUGUCGAUGGCGGUGAACCUUUAAUACUGUAACUUUAAACCUAGAAAUCAUUCAACAUGUCCGUAAACAACAUUUUUAGCUACACUUUGUUCUUUUGAGAAUGUGAUCACACAUGCAGUUGAUUUUCCUGCUGACCUGACUCACACUGACCAUGAAUCAUAACAAGUCACAUUGUUUUCAGUUGGCUUAUAGUCUUAUAACCUGCAUAAAGAUUAUUUGUGACACAGUUGUAACUUUGAUAGAGCAUUAUGGACUUGUGUGUGUGUGUUUGUGCUCUUUAUCAGCUGAAUGUCUCCUGCUCAGCCUUUUAAAGAGGUUUUGGGGGUUUCGUGUCGGCAAAUAAAUCUCUCAGGCAGCACUCACUCCUGCGCUGUGUAGUGUCACCAGUAAUCAAAUUUCCAUCCUUAUGUAGCAAA